GCGCGAAGAGCCUGUGUUACGGGGUAUAAGAAGAGCGCUUCGCCCAGUUUCCCUCCAUCUUUCAUUUCCAACAAACUCAAGGAAUCCCAUCAUUUUGGUUUGCAGUGCUCCCUUCGUCAACAAGUAAUCUCCAAACUUUUAAUCAAUUAAGAGCUUCGUUUUAAUUUCUUCUAGAAGCCCCUCGAUUGUAGGAUCAAUUUAUUCUCGUCGGUGUUCUCGUGCUUUGCUCGCGAACUCGCAACUGCGACCGGUGACCUAACUCUAACCAUGCUUCCACAGUUUCAACACCAGUUUCUAUCGUUCAUCUAAUAUGUCUGAGCACCAUGGCCCCAAGCCUGAUUUAGUUUCUGGGAUUCUUACCACUGCCACACAGUGCACGUCUUCGAAUGAUUCAUAUCACUCUGCUACGUCCUCUCUCACUCAAGAAGAGAUCGACAGCGAUGACAUUACAUUUUACGGUAACAGCGGACUUCCAAUGACCACCACUACUCGGCACACAUAUGGUAUUGAGGGAAGAUUCGUUGAUGGGGCUGGACCUCGUUUCGAGAACACUCAAUCUGUCACAAAGCAACCUGGCUUCAACACGUAUACUGUCCGACCCCUUCCAGGUGGAGGGAGGAAGGUCCCCUGCCCAGAUGACACAUUUAUGACGCGCUUGGGCCCAAACGUGGUAGAAUUCAAAGUGAACAAACGACGUUCUGCUCGGCAACAGAGUCACGGCAGCGAAAGUGCUUUGCUGGGUCAUCCCAACAACCAUACAUCGCCGCCCUCAAGAUAAGUCUCCGGUUCGCAGUCAAAAAGGACCCCUUGUGUUCUUCACAGGCAAAAUUCUUCCUUUCGGUUUCAUCUAUUCUGAACUUCUUUCCUCCUUCCUUUCGGAUACCCACAAAUUGCUUCCACGUUCCUUCUUUCCACGGUCUUGUCCUAGAUUCCUUUUCGCCGCUCGCGAACAGCCCAACAAAUUUGGAAAUCCAACUGCACAAAGUUUGCAAGAACUCUGGUCCUUUAUAGAUUUAGUUUAAUCAAACAAUUGAUACCUUUUCAU